ACUCUGGCAUGUAGAAAAACGCAUGGGCACACAAAAUAAUCUAUGGCAAAUAUUUUGUAACGUGCUACCGUCAGCUAAGAAAAAUUUAAAUAGGAGCGCAUUUUUUCGACCGUCCCGUGAAAUCAGAAUUUUCUGCUUUUUCCACGCAUUGCCAGUAUUAUAAAAUGAAUUCCCGGGUAUCGACAAUAGUCCCCGUUUUCUUGAUCCUGCUGAUCGGCAGCACAGUUUGUGUGCCGGUACAUUCCGUCGCCAAGCGCGGCGUGGUGAAGGACGCCAUCAUCGGCGCCAUCGGUGGCGCGGUCCUCGGGGCGGUCGUGCCGGGGAUGAGUGCCAAGCAGGGUGCGGCAGCGGGAGCGGCCGCCGGGGCCGGUUACGGUGCCUACAAAGACUACAAGACGAAGAAGCAGCAGAAACAGGGACAGCAAGGCGCCGGGAACGUGCACCACGGCGAUGUCAACCAUGAUGUCAAUCACGAUUAUUAACGUGCAAUGUACAUUGACUAAUCUCGCUUUUUUAGCCGUACACACUUUUUAAUUCUUAAAACUGGGCUUUCUGGCACUGCUUUGCAUAAAUGGGUUGGUUUAGUGAAGAGCGGCGAGUAAAACUGAUGUUUUCCGGGAAUAUGUCUUAAUCACGUCCUCCAGAAGCGUUUGUUGAGCACUUCGCCUAAUAUGUUGUGUAAAGAUUGCACCUUGAGAUGUUUGUGCUGACCGUUUGAUCAAGUGUUUAGUUACUUGAUGAUUGUAAUCGCCGGUUGACUCAUCGUAACCCGAGCGCGUGCAUUUCCGUUGAAACGGUUCGACAGUCGGUAAAAGCGGUGCAGUUG